AUGUUUACUCGAAAUGGACGCUCGGGAACCUUCUAUUUCGAAGCAAUUGUAGUAACGCCAAAACGAUCUGGCAAUUACACAUUCACAAGUAACAGUACGAUCGAUAGUUAUGGUUAUUUGUACACGAACCCUUUCGAUCCAUUGAAUACUACAUCUAAUCUUCUUGUACAUGCUGAUGAUAAUGAGAAUGAAACAAGCGAUCAAUUUUCACUGACAUGCAUCCUUCAGGCAGGUACAAGCUACACAUUGAUUUUUACAACGUUUGAAGCUGGUGUAACGGGACUUUUCUCAGUUGUUGCCGUGGGCCCAGGAAGAGUUUCUCUUCUCCGAAAAAAUAUCACGUCAGUACCAGUCAUCGCGUCCAAUUACUCUGGUGCAUUGGACAAUAAUAGUUCCACGUUUAGUCGGGAUGGAACUUCAGGCAUUUGGUAUUAUGAAGCAAUUCAGGCAAUCCCAAAAAGAACCGGAAAUUACACAUUCAAAAGUUACAGUGCAAUAGAUAGCUUUGGUUAUUUGUAUGCAAAUCCGUUCGAUCCAUUGAAUAUUACAUCUAACCUUCUUGUAAGUUCGGAUGAUGAUGAAACUGGUAUAGGUGACCAAUUUUCAAUGUCAUACCCACUUGAAGCAGGCGCAAAUUACAAUUUGAUUUUCACAACGUUCGAUAGUAGUCUCACAGGGCGUUUCUUUAUCGUUGUAUCUGGUCCAGCAAGAGUCAUUCUUCGUUCCAUGAAUACUACUCCCAAACAACCCUCAACUACUACAAGCACCACAGUAGCAACAUCUGGUGGUAAGUAUUAUAGACAAAAAAUCUCUACAUGGUUUGUUCUAAGAGAUCUUAGAAAGUCAGGAGCCAAAAAAUACCUGAAAUAUCCACACUGUGUUUUAUGGUACACAUUUUUUUCAUUGGCAACUGCACUGUAA